AUGGCAACCAAGCACAACACCAAAGCCGACUUCUCGCGCCCCGCUGUGCAUAUCGCGAGCGUGCUGGUCCCCUUGUUCUCUGCAGUGGGGUUCACCAGGAUGUCGAAAAAUAUUUCAUCCAACGUGCUGGAGGAAUCUGCCGUCUCGGAUGAUGUGGUGUCACCAGAUGAGGAAGGCAUCUGCUCGGGAAAAUAUUUUACAGAGCUGGGGCUUGUGGGACUCUUGGAGCAAGCUGCUUCAUCAUUCUCUUUGGCUGGCAUGUACGAGGCUGUGAAUGAAGUGUACAAGGUACUGAUCCCCGUCCAUGAAGCCAACAGAGAUGCCAAGAAGUUAGCCACCAUUCAUGGUAAACUACAGGAAGCCUUUGGCAAAAUUGUCCAUCAGAGUACUGGCUGGGAGGAUGGGAAGAGGAUGUUUGGAACAUACUUUCGAGUUGGGUUUUAUGGUUCCAAAUUUGGCGACUUGGAUGAGCAGGAGUUUGUGUACAAAGAGCCAGCUAUCACCAAGCUGGCGGAAAUAUCUCACAGACUGGAGGGUUUUUACGGAGAUCAGUUUGGAGAAGAUCAAGUCGAAGUCAUUAAGGACUCCAACCCGGUAGACAAGUGCAAGCUUGAUCCAAAUAAGGCCUUCAUCCAGAUCACUUACGUGGAGCCCUACUUUGACACUUACGAGAUGAAGGACCGCAUCACCUACUUUGACAAGAACUACAACUUGCGUCGUUUCGUCUACUGCACCCCCUUUACGUUGGAUGGGCGGGCCCACGGCGACCUGCACGAGCAGUUCAAACGCAAGACCAUCCUGACCACCUCCCAUGCCUUCCCUUACAUCAAGACACGCAUCAACAUUGUCCACAAAGAGGAGAUUAUUUCCACUCCCAUUGAAGUGGCCAUCGAGGACAUGCAGAAGAAGACGCAAGAACUUGCCUUUGCUACCCACCAGGACCCUUCUGAUGCCAAGAUGCUGCAGAUGGUCUUGCAGGGCUCAGUGGGCACCACUGUCAACCAGGGUCCUUUGGAGGUUGCGCAGGUGUUCCUGUCCGAAAUCCCCAGUGACCCAAAACUGUACAGACACCACAAUAAGCUACGUCUGUGCUUCAAGGACUUCACAAAGAGGUGUGAAGAUGCCCUGCGUAAGAACAAGAGUUUGAUCGGUCCUGACCAGAAGGAGUAUCAGAGGGAGCUUGAAAGGAACUAUCACCGCCUGAAGGAGGCGCUCCAGCCGCUCAUCAACAGAAAGAUUCCUCAACUCUACAAACCUGUGCUACAGGUCAACUCACACAGAGAUUCUUUCAGCAGAUUGAGUCUUCGCAAAAUUGACAUUUGAAGAUGACGGGAGUACGUACGCACAAAGCGCCACCAGAAGAUGCAAUAUUAAUUUAUUCUUGAGUGUAAAUAGCAGCGUGUUCAGAAUAGGUCACCGUGUUUGUUACUGAAAAAGGCUUCAAGUGUUCCAACUUGGUAUUUCAUUCCAGUGUCUUAACUUGUUUACACAACUCGAUCAGCAGGAUGAACAAGUGGGUCCGAUUUUAAAGAGACACCUUGACCUUUUUAGAUUUGGGGAACAUUUUCCCCAGCGGCUGCCUUGGUAUAAUGUAAGCCUUUUCUCCAGAGGUACGAGACCUCGCACGCUGUGAGCUCCCAAGCAACCGGUACCAGCAAUGUUCACAUCCCGUUAUUGGUUCCAAAAAGUGCCAAAAAAACUUUUUAACGACAAAUUCUAAAAAUUCAAAUGUCAAGGUGUCUUUUUAAUAUGUUUGAAAAAAAAAAACGGUAUUUAAUGUGUGCACUUUUUUUGGGUGUUUCUGGUGUAGCAAUGCAUUUCACAACUUGAAAGCUAAAGGUAUGUGGGAGAGGGAUGAUGAAAUUAAAAUUUGCAAAAAAAUUAUUAUUUAUCAUGUUGCUUUAUCACAUUUUUGUUAAAACGUCAAUGUUUUAAAGUUAGGUACUGAAAAUGUAUAAUUUUAUGUAGUUCUGUUUUGUUAAUUUUAAAUAUUUUACUAAAUAAAUAUUUUAAUGUUCA